GAAGCAACCGCCUAAGUCUCAACACCAUGUCACAAUGGAGAGGAAGAGCGGUUUGGGAGUCUAUAUGAGGACAUGAUUUAACGUCAGGCCGGGGCGGUUUUGGGUCGGGCCACCCGGCCUGAGUCCACCACUGGGUAACGGACAUCAAUGUACAAAUUGAUCAUUCGGUUGUGCAAUUUCUGAAGGAGAAGUUGAUUAGCAAAUGGUGAUGGAGGAUAAUCAUGAAAACGAGAAGAAGUAGAAUCGUUGGCUAGACGAAUGGAGGUGAACGAUGAGAACGGGGUUGUGUUGGUGGAGGCUACGGCUCCUGGUGUUGCAUAUGUGAGUCUAUCAUUGGUAGGAAGCAUUACAUCCAAAAAAUCGGUAUUGGAGACGGAAGUGAAGAAUAAAUUCAGGUAUUUAUUAAUAAAUACACGAAUCCCUAGAAAAGAGAAAACAUCGGAGCAGAGCAUCGGAUGAAGUAGGGGUAUAACAGGAAUGUAAAGUCUGGAAUUUAGCCACUGAAUGUAAACGCUAGGUGUGUGAACGUCCGAGUUCAGCUGGUUUAUUUCAGUUCAAGACGACUUCAGUCUUUCAAACAAACACUACUAUUUAAAAUACAACUGACUGAAUUGUAAAAAUUUCAACUCUUUUUUGACUGAAUGGACAUGCCGAACACAGCCUUAAUAAAGUUCAACAUAAUCAGUCAAUUCAGUGUUAUCAAACUCUCAAGGUGUAAAUAUUAAUUAAAAGAGCUCAUAGAAUCAAGUAAAAUUGAAUAUGGUGAUAUUUAUACCCAUUCCACUCAAUUACCAAAAAAUAACUUUGCGAUAAUUAUGUUGGGUGAAUUGCGUGUUUAAUCGGAAAAUAAUGAGAUUAUUUAAAUAAAUAAAUAAUCAAGAAACUAGAAACAAGAAGGGACUAGUCUAAGCUUGUGCAACACACAAUUUCCUUAAAAUGUAUUCGUUGUCUUUCACGGUGUUAGGAGCGUUACAAUGAUAGUUUCUCAGGAUACGGUGGCUAUGAGCACACAAUUGGUUGUUCUGGUGAACGGAAACAAUACAAGAACACUAAGGAAUUUUUCAGAGUGCUGGAGGUGGCUUUUAGCUCGAAAACUACGUGAAGACUGUGUAGUUCGUGUGUUGUUGCAUAUAACAUGCCAACUGUAUAUAGGGACGGAUUUGUUGUGUACUAAAUGAGCUUUAAUGGACCUGAACAUUGAACAUAAAUGACCAGAACAUUGAGUAUUAAUAUGUCGAAAAAUUGUCCAUUUAAUUAAAGACGCAUUAAAGGAGAAGAACGUUGGACAAUAAUUAUUGUAAUGUUGUCGAGCAGUUCCGAUGCGGAGCAGAAAAGUUUUGGUCUGAACAGUUUUGAUGCGGAACAGAGGUGUUUUGUCAGAGCAGUUCUGAUGCAGAGUAGAAGUGGUUCUGUCCGAACAGUUCUGACGCGGAUCAGAAGCGCUCUCUCUCAGCAGUUCUGUUGCGUAAAAAUUUAGAAACGUUACGGGAAGAAACAAAAAUUAAAUCGUAUGUUUGAGAUGACAUUCGCACCCGCAUGUUGCCAACGCACAUAUGUCACGAUUUUUCUUCUCUGUUUUCGAGAUUUGAUCGGCACCCAUCCUGCGCGUGAAGAGAACCUUUCCACCUAGCAAUCUUAACUCUUUCAAAGAGGGUGACCUUUAUAAGGGGGUGAGAAUCCAUUGGAUUUUCCAAUGUGGCAUAAAUCACACUAAAAACUCAUUCUUUUCUCAGUUUUCUCUAUUUCAACGAGUGAACUUCGAGAAUCGAUUUCUCAUUCACCCGUUAUGCGUUUUGAGUGUGCCACAUCUCGAAUUGAAGCUCUUAACAAGGGGAAUCCGAAACCACUUUGACAUGACCCAAAUCGGAAGUGGACCCCACUCAAAUUACUGUCCAAAAUUGGCCAUUUAAUGCAAUGUUAACACAUUUUCCAACAAAUUAUACAUGAAAGCAAUGAUUAUUACAUAAAAGUCAUUGAUAUUCACUCCACCAAUCCAACACCAUCAAUAUAUUCGGUCAUAUUUUGCAAUCAAAUCUUUCCUUUCAUUAUUAUACAUCAUUUUUGUCAAUAUAUUUUUACGAACACUUCUGAUUUAACAACUCAAACAUUUCGAUAAAAAAAAUAAUUUAAAAUUUAAUUUGGUUUUUUUAUUUUAGACCUAUAAUUAUGAAAAUUGUAAACAAAUAUUGUAACUAUGAGAUUUUAAUUUUAGCAUCUAGAUAUAUCUAAAUAUUCUUUUAGCCUAACACCUUAGCAAUUAAAUCUUCAAUUUUUUAACUCUAUGUAUACAACAUUAUUAUCAUACGAAAGAUAAUAAAAAUUUAUGAAUUUUGAUAUAUAUUAUGUAUGUAUAGUUUUUUGUAAAUUCUAAAAUACAAAUAAAAAACAGUGAAUAAGUGAUGAGAAUUUCACACCCAUGGUGUCAUAUUACUUAUACCAUUUUUUCCCAAAGUUGUAUAGCUAGACUAUUGGGGUGAUUAUGCUAACUUUGGCCUUUUGACCCAUGUUGCAAAUGCGUUUUGCUAGGUGUACACAAAAUGUGUACACCAAACAUUUUUCAUUGCAAAUAGCCUUAUGUAGGUAAAGGUUUAAAAUAGGUAAAAAUGUGAAUAAAAAAAAUACGCAUUUGAUCCACUAAACAAUGGUUAUAAUACGUAAUUAUCAAGUGAAUGAUUGGAAAUUUGGAAUAUACUACCUCCGUCCCAAAAAAACUUCUCCAUUUUUUUAACUUUGACUAACUUUAUUUUUUAUUGAAAAUAUUUAUAAUAUAAAAAUUAUAUGAAAAUGUUCUUUCUUAAAAGUACUUUAAUAAAAGUAUAAAAUCUAUAACUCAUAAUAUUAUACUACUUGAAAUCAUGUUAAAAGCACUUUAAUAAAAGUAUAAAAUCUACUACCUCCGUUCCUUAAAACUUUGACAUGUUUGACCGGCACGAGGAUUAAUAAUGUAAAAACUGUGUGGUAGAGGUUUGUGCAGAGGAGAGAGAAUUAACUGGAACCACAAAUUCAUUAGUUAAAAGGGAAAGUGACAAAGUUAGUGGGACAUCCAAAAAAGGAAAGUUGGCAAAGUUUUAAGGGACGGAGGGAGUAUAACUCAAUAAUAUUAUACUACUUGAAAUCAUGAUUCAAAUUAUUUGUAAUGACAAUUUUUUUUAGAGGGGUAGUAUGUCUUCCCUAAAAUUUUUAUGGUUAUCCACAGUCAAUAUCACAACUCUAAUACUGCUGUAUUAAUUAUUUACUUCGCAAUUGCCUUGUUCAAUUCCAUUUUAAGUGGCCGACAUGUGGGUUCUCUUUUCAAAGGCUUCUUUUUCUGUUGCCGGAUAAUCUGAUCAUCAUAUUCUGAUAUGAUUGUAAUUAAAUUAACAUUAAAGCGGAGUUGCUGACAAGAUAGCUCAAGAUUGAGUUCUAAAUCUUGACUCUCCAUUCCCCUUAAUAGUAAUUACCUCAAAGCUUGUUUUUUUUUUUUUUUUUGCUUCUGUUUUUGUUCUCUCUUUUCUUGGAAUGUGGGGAUAUAGAGAUGGAAUUGGAAUGAGGAGAGAAGCAAAAGCUGCUGGAUAUUGGUGGAUGACAUUUCUUUGUUUUCUGGGCUGUUCAACAAGCAUGCUAGCUCCUAAUGGUAUGAACUAUGAAGUGCAAGCUUUGAUUGGAAUAAAAGCUGCUUUAAAGGAUCCUAAUGGAAUACUUGAUAAGUGGGAUGGUACUGCUGUUGAUCCUUGUAGUUGGAAUAUGGUCACUUGCUCAGAUGAAGGUUUGGUUAUUGGCCUGGGAAUUCCCAGCCUGGACUUGUCUGUGUUAAUAGAUAGAUAGUAUGUGGUUAACAGAGAGUUGAGAAACAACAACAUAACAGGAGCAAUACCAGUGGAGAUUGGCCAACUCUCAAAUCUUAACACACUUGACCUUUCCAAUAAUACUUUCACAGGUCAAAUCCCUGCUUUGGCACGGUUGACCAACCUGAAUUACUUAAGGCUCAAUAACAACAAUUUAUCAGGAAAAAUUCCAACUUGGUUGACUAACAUGACUCAACUUUCCUUUUUGGAUUUAUCAAACAAUAACUUGAGUGGGCCUGUACCAACAUUCUCUGCCAAGACAUUCAACAUUCUUGGAAAUCCUCUGAUAUGCGUCACGGGGGCUGAAUCAUACUGCCAUCGCACAAGGAACAAUUCUGGAACUGCUCGGCCGUUAAGGAAAAAGAAAAACCACAAACAUGCCAUCGUCAUUUGCUCUAUCAUUGGGUGCAUAUGUUCACUCUUACUAGGAAUUGGGAUGUUCCUCAGGUCAAGGAGACGUAAAGAACAAGAAACGCUUUUUUAUGCAAACGUAGGGGAUGUUGAAGAAAUAAGUUCAUCACUUGAGAACUUAAGAAGAUUCCAAUGGAAGGAGCUUCAGUUUGCAACAAACAACUUCAGCAGCAAAAACAUUUUAGGAAAAGGCGGUUAUGGAAUUGUUUACAAAGGUAAUCUAAGGGACGGGACCGUCGUGGCGGUGAAGAGGCUGAAUGAUGGGAAUGCUUCUGGAGGUGAGAAACAGUUGCAGACAGAGAUAAAGACAAUAAGCUUGGCCGUCCACAGGAAUCUUCUUAGGUUGUUAGGGUUCUGUAUGACCCCAACAGAAAAGCUCUUGGUUUACCCUUAUAUGUCCAAUGGCAGUGUUGCUUCACGUCUCAGAGUGAAGCCAGUGCUGGAGUGGGACAGAAGGAAGCAAAUUGCAAUAGGAGCAGCCAGGGGGCUGUUAUAUCUCCAUGAGCAGUGUGAUCCAAAGAUAAUUCACAGGGAUGUAAAAGCAGCAAAUAUACUACUGGAUGAGUACUAUGAGGCAGUUGUGGGGGAUUUCGGGCUGGCAAAACUGCUGGAUCGUGAGGCAUCACAUGUCACCACCGCCGUACGAGGGACUGUGGGGCAUAUAGCCCCAGAGUAUCUCUCUACCGGGCAAUCCUCUGAGAAGACAGAUGUCUUUGGAUUUGGGAUCCUGCUACUUGAACUCAUCACUGGCCUUAAAGCUUUCGAGUUCGGCAAAGUCACUAAUAACAAUGAUGUCAUGCUUGACUGGGUGAAGACAGUUUACCAAGAGAAGAGACUGAACGAACUCGUUGAUAAAGAGUUGGAAAACAAAUACGAUGAGAUGGAGGUAGGCGAGAUGGUUCAAGUUGCUUUGCUAUGCACCCAAUACGCUGCCGGACGAAGGCCAAAGAUGUGUGAGGUGGUUCGAAUGCUGGAAGGUGAUGGGCAUUCAGAGUGGUCUGAAGCAUCCCAUAAAAUAGAACCAAUCACUAGCAACAGUAACAGCAGUAGAUCUAGAGCACAAACAAUGUCUUCAUCAGAACGAUUUUCGGGUCAAGUUGUUGACUCACACUCACUUGCACUACCCAUGGAGCUCUCUGGUCCCAGGUAGUACAUAGAGUUCAAUGGUAAUGGUUAUAACAUACAAGUACAUAACACAAAAUUGAGAAUUAUACAAUUUAGGGCCUUAUGUUGGUCUAUCACGAUAUUCAACUUCAUACUAUAAUAUACAACCGAUUGUACCAUGGGCAUGGUGCAUCAGGUGCCAGUUUUGAAAAUAUAUACUUACAUCCUUAGAGGUAAUGUUUGUCUUUCAGGUUUAGAUUUUUUGUUUCAUUUUCAAUCCUCCUCCCGUCCUAUUUCUCAUGCAAGCCUCCAACUAGAGAAUCCAUUAAAUUAAGAGCCCCCUAAAUAUAAAAACCCUAAAGUAGAGAUGAUGCCGCUCCGCGGAUCAUUGAAAAUCAAUCUCGAUCAAUUGGUGACUACACAGAGAAAUUCUUCCUCUAUUGAGUUUGUAAGUAAAAGUUCAGUGAAACUUUGUUGAAUAAUUUUCAAUUUUUACAUUAAUUAAAGUGGCAGAACUCUUCAAAAGUGACACUUUUGAAGCUAUACAACGUCUUGUUUGUGGUUCUUUUGAUGUAUAGACAUUGCACCAGUAUUAUUUUGAUAUGGUUACUUUUAUUGGAUAUACAGUGAACCUAUUCAUAACAUUCUUUU